AUGUCUUCUACCAACGCUAAAGCGGUGAUAAAAGCGCUAAGAGAAAUAUGGUCUCGGUUCGGUUUACCAAAACAAUUAGUUUCGGAUAACGGUGCACCUUUCACAAGUUUAGAAUUUAAACAGUUUUUGGAGAACAAUGGAAUACAACACACGUUUUCUGCUCCAUAUCAUCCUUCGUCCAACGGAGCGGCCGAAAAUGCAGUUAAAACCUGUAAAAAAGUUAUAAAGAAAGCCCUUUCUCAGAAUUUAGACGUAGACACGGCUCUCCUUAGAUUUCUAUUAGGUUACAGAAAUACCGAACAUUGCACUACAGGAGAAAGUCCGGCAAAAUUAUUACAAGGCCGUUCGUUGCGGAUGCGACUCGAUUGUUUAAAACCGGAGCGCGCAGAUCGCGUUAAUGCAGCGCAAAGACGCCAUCAGUUGGCAGCAGGCGGGUCACAGCGGUGUUUUAACGAGGGGGAUGAGAUUUUAUACCGUAACUACGGCACGGGUAAGAAAUGGUUGGACGGAAAAGUUCAGUUGCGGCUAGGUAGCACUGACUAUGAAAUUUUGGGCAUCGAUGGAAGUUCACAUCACCGACACGCAGACCAGCUAAGACACAGGUUUAAUUUUCCUUUGCAAGACCCGAUCACGAUUAAAGAGUCAUCCAGGUGUAAUUUAAUAAAUCCGUUUCUAAUCAACGUAACUAGUAAUACUAAUAACCCAGGGGAAGAUCCGGCGGCGUUGGCCGGCACGAUGGCGGGUGCGGCGGGAGCAUAG